GUAUAUAUAUUUUAUGAGCCUACAAAUGUGUGGAGCCUUAAAACCCACAUUCAACUGCUAACCAGUCUAGCAGAUAUUCUAUUUAAUUCAAGUAAGCAAAUUUCAGCUACCUAGCCUAGCUACCCUGCUUCAUCUUCGGAUCUUGAAUUUUCAUCAGAUCUGCUUUCUGCUAGCCCCGUGUGUGUGAGAGAGAGAGAGAGAGAGAGAGAGAGAGCUCAGAUAACCAAGGGCAGAUUCUGGCAGAGACCCAAAAGGCAGAAGCGGAAGCAGUUGAUCAUAUAUUAAUCCAAAAUGGUGGUUGACAACAAGUACUUGUCCUCGAAGCUUGUCUCCAAGGAAGAAGCCUCCAUGGCCAACGCUUCUUGCAGAGUCUACUACGGAGAAGCAGCAGGUGCAAUUCCAUUCAUGUGGGAGUCUCAGCCAGGUACACCCAAGCACCCUUCUUCACAGUCUUCUCUUCCUCCUCUCACACCCCCACCUUCCUAUUCCACCACCCAACCAAACUCUAAACGCACCCACAAAAUCACCUCAAAAUCAAAGUUUCUGGACACCAUUUUUCCCAGGCUGAGGUCUUCGAGGAAAAUGCUCAAGCCACCCAAUUCCAUGUCACCACCAUCACUGUCCUCCGCAUCCUCAUCAUCCUCAUCAUGGUCGUCAUCAUCAUCAUCAUCAUCAAACUACUCAUCUUCCUCAGCAUCAAGUUUGAGAAACAAAGGGGCCCGCAAAUUUUAUCACAAAUAUGAGGAAGAUUAUGAUGAGCAUGAUCAUCAUGAAUCAAAAUCUGGAUCACCUACUUCAACUUUAUGUUUUGGUGGGAAAUGCAGAGGUGCAAAUAUGAAUGGGAUCCGAGGCUGCUAUUCAAUGAAGAACAUAAGAUUUGGGUUCUUGUCCAUUGUUAACCAUGAAUCUGGCCGAGUUACUAAUAAUAAUGCUUAGAAUUAAUUUUCUGUGUGUGGUCGUGCUAAUUAAAUCUUUAUUUUUCUUUUUUCUUUUGGGUUUUAGAAUUAAUCUUAAUUCUAGUAGUGUAAGUGGGCGUGUCGAGUGAUGUUUAUCCAUUGAUGUCGUCAUAUCUUAUGAUGAAGUGUAUAAUGCAUGGAAUUUAAUUUUUUAUAUUUUUGUACAUUAUUUUACUUUUUACCGUCAUAUUAAUCUCAAUUUGUUGGAGUUAUAAA